AUGAAUGUAGCGGAACUCAGCUCAUCUUUGCAACAUUUCGGCUUGGUAGAUUAUUUGGUAUUUGUGCUUAUGUUGGCGGCUUGUGCGGUAAUUGGAUUUUAUUUCGGAUUUAUCGAGAAGAAAAAGAAAAGUGGCGCGGAGCAGCGCAGAGGAUCGGAGGCAUUGGACUACUUGGUGGGUGGAAGAAAAAUGAAGGUGCUUCCGGUGGCGUUGUCGCUUGUCGCCAGCUUUGUAUCGGGCAUUUCGCUGCUGGGCACAUCCACCGAAAUUUACGUCUAUGGUACUCAAUAUGCUUUUAUUCUCAUCACUUUGGUGAUUUCCGGAAUCAUAUCGUGGUACGUCUUCCUGCCGGUAUUUUGUAAUCUGCAACUAACUUCCACAUACGAGUAUUUGGAAAUGCGCUUUGAUCGAAGAAAUCGUUUGUUUGGCUCCGUGCUUUUUAGUAUUGGAACGAUAUUCUGGUUGCCUAUUGUGAUAUAUGUUCCUGCAUUGGCUUUCAAUCAAGUUACCGGCAUUAAUAUCCAUAUUGUUACACCUGUAGUGUGCAUCGUUUGUAUAUUUUACACAUGCGUGGGUGGACUAAAAGCUGUAGUGUGGACCGAUGUUCUUCAAACGGUAAUAAUGGUGGGAUCCAUAGUGCUGGUCAUCAUAAAGGGCACUAUAGAUGUUGGAGGAUUAGCUGUAGUUUGGGAGCGAAACUUAAAAGGAAGUCGCCUUGAACUUCCUGAAAUGACUUGGGAUCCUUCAGUUCGUGUAUCCAUGCUGUCGGUCCUUCUAGGAGCUACGUUGUUUUACGUUCAGGUUACGGCGGGAAAUCAAGUAAUUAUGCAGCGAUACCUCUCUCUUCCCGGAAUGAAGGAAGUUAAAGGAGCUUUGCUUUGGUUCACCAUUGGUAUAAUUGCACUUAUGGGCGCUUGUUUUUACAAUGGAUUAUUACUCUAUGCUACUUACCACGAUUGUGAUCCACUCAGUACAAAGUUAGCAAAAGUGAAGGAUCAGUUAGUGCCACUUCUGGUGAUGGAUAUCCUGGGUGUAUUUCCUGGAAUGCCAGGAUUGUUCGUUGCAGGAGUUUUCAGUGCGGCGCUCAGUUCACUAUCGACUGGCCUAAACUCUUUGGCUGCUGUUAUUCUCGAGGAUUACAUUAAGCCUUUGGGAAAAACUCCGCUUAGUGAGCGCCAAACUGCAUUUGUCAUGCGGUUGUCUGUGAUUUUGAUGGGAGCCCUCUGUGUGGCAUUAGUAUUUGUCGUUGAGCGAAUGGGAACGGUUCUACAAUUAUCAAUGACUCUCGGAUCUAUAAUUAGCGGCCCCUUACUUGGCCUUUUUCUCAUUGGGGUCCUGAUACCUUGGAUUAAUGGAAAGAGUGCAUUGGCAGGAGGCAUUGCGUCAACCUGUGUUGUUGCUUGGAUCUGCUUCCGGGCGCAGUUAGCAAUUUCCGAAGGAGAGAUACAUUACGACGAAAAACCUGUUAGCACUUAUGGUUGUAAAUAUUUUUUCGAAAACUUCGCAACACCUAUAAAGGCAAUUGAAAACAGGCAAGUGCUUUUAACUCUUAAGGACUUAUUGAUGUUAAGCAAUAUAUAUAUAUAUUUUUUUUUCAGCCCCAAGAAGCCUUUGCAGUAUAUCUACCAUAUGACAUUUAUGCUCUAUGUUGCGGUAGGUACUUUCUUAACGGUGAUAUUUGCUGGCUUGCUGACACCCUUUUUAGGACAUAAUGAUCCUAGGAAUAUGAAUAUUGAGCUUUUCUCACCCUUUGUCGGAAAAAUUCUAAGCAGCUCGGGUUAUCUGAAGUACUUUGAAAUGCGAUUUGGUCGCGGGGUACGCUAUUUCGGGUCUGUCCUAUUCAUUGUUGGAAUGGUUCUCUGGUUACCUGUUGCAGUAUAUGUGCCAGCUUUGACAUUCAAUCAAGUAUCUGGAAUCGAUAUACACAUCAUAACACCGGUAGUGUGUCUUAUAUGCACCUUUUAUACUUGCGUGGGUGGUUUGAAAGCUGUAAUCUGGACAGAUGUAGUACAGAGCUUUAUAAUGUAUGGCUCAAUAUUGGCCAUCUGUAUAAAAGGAACAAUCGAUGUAGGUGGCUUAGAUGUGGUUUGGAAGCGCAAUAGCGAAAGUGGUCGACUUAAUACACCCGACUGGACCUGGGAUCCGACAGUGCGUUUGUCAAUGUUAGCUGUAUUUGUUGGUGGCUCCCUUCAUAAGAUCCAAUCCUCUGCCGUAAACCAGAUCUGUAUUCAACGCUAUCUAUCAUUGCCUUCUUUCAAAAAGGCUAAGCAGACUGUAAUUUUGUUCAAUUUCUUGUUAAUUUUUUUAAUGUUGUGUUGCUGUUACAUGGGGCUACUAGCCUAUGCCAGCUACUACGAUUGUGAUCCACUUAGCACAAAGCUUGCAUCAGCUAGUGAUCAACUCCCUACAUUAUUGGUAAUGAAGACUGUGGGCGAUGUACCAGGAUUACCGGGACUUUUUGUUUCGGGGGUCUUCAGUGCGGCUUUGAGCUCCUUAUCUACAGGUUUGAACUCGUUAGCCUGCGUUAUUUCUCAAGAUGUCGUUGCCUCGUCUCUGAAGACCCCACUCAAUGAACGUCAGACAGCAGUACUGCUGCGACUGAUAGUGUUUGUGUUUGGGGUUGCUUGCAUAGGAUUAGUAUACGUCGUUGAAAAGUUAGGAAUGGUAUUGCAGCUGGCCACAAUGACGGGUGCAGUCACAAUGGGGCCACUUUUAGCUGUGUACACAAUGGGUGUUGUACUGCCAUGGAUCAAUGGAAAGAGCGCGUUGGCAGGAUGCCUGGCAGGGUUUUUGGUUCUCAGUUGGAUAUGUACUAAUGCGCAGAUCGCCCAAGUGAAAGGAGAAAUUGCUUAUCCGAAAAUGCCUGUAUCCAUAGACGGUUGUGACUAUGAAUUCGAUAAUGAAACGGCUUGGCACAUCAUCCAUGAUUACAAACCAACAACUUCGGACCAACGCAAUUUAUAUCACCUUUCCUUCCUGUGGUAUUCCGCCUUUGGUGCAAUCAUCUCCGUUGCCGUCGCUGCUAUUGCUACGCGAAUAUUUGGAACUACAGAUUUAAGGGAACUGGAUCCAGCUUUAGUGUCCCCUUUUAUGCGUCGCUUCUUACCAGUACGACAGAAUAAGGAGUACUUUAGUGUUAGCCUUGAGGAUUUUUUUAACGAUAAAAGUACGAUGGAGCGCGAACAAGAAAACUCAGGUAAAAAAAAAAUGCCAGAA